GGCAGAAAACGACAAAUCAUAGCUUCAGCUAUUGGAUCGAUCGCAGACCACCGUAUGCCUCACCGCAGCCGAUCGCAACCCUUCCUAAAAUGGUGGGGGAGAGUCGCCAGAGUAGACCACCAUUGCAAAAAUCCGUCAAAGUCUUCUCCCUCACUCACUGCUCUUCAUUUUUUCCGAUACUCAAGCUUUUCGAUUUGCCGGGUUCUGCUCCCUGAUUUUCCGUCUCUGCAAACAGAUCUGGGAAUUUAGGGUUUGUUAGAGCUGGAAGGAUGCAGAGGUAGACGAACAGAGCGGAUAAUAUGAACAGAGCGAAGAGAAAUUUCGACGGGAACGAUGAUGACCAGCCUGAGAGGAAGCGGCCUGCUCUUGCUAGUGUAAUUGUAGAGGCUCUCAAAUUAGACAGUUUGCAGAAGCUUUGCUCAUCUUUGGAACCUAUCCUUCGCCGAGUUGUUAGCGAGGAAGUGGAACGUGCUUUGGCAAAAAUUGGCCCUGCUAGCCUUACUGGAAGUUCUAGGUCUUCUCCUAAACGAAUUGAAGGCCCAGAUGGACGGAACUUGCAGUUGCAUUUUAGGUCCAGGUUGUCUCUCCCCUUAUUCACCGGUGGAAGAGUGGAAGGAGAACAGGGUGCUGCAAUCCAUGUCGUAUUGAUUGAUGCAAACAGUCGGCAUAUGGUAACAUUUGGACCUGAAGCUUCGACGAAGCUUGAUGUUUGUGUGCUUGAGGGUGACUUUAACAAUGAAGAUUACGAAGAUUGGGCCCUGGAAGAAUUUGAAAGUCAUGUCGUAAAAGAGCGUGAAGGGAAGAGGCCUUUACUGACUGGAGACUUGCAGGUUACUCUCAAGGAGGGGGUGGGGACAUUGGGUGAACUAAUUUUUACAGAUAACUCGAGUUGGAUAAGGAGUAGGAAAUUCAGGCUUGGUUUAAAGGUUGCCCCUGAUUACUGUGAGGGUAUACGCAUACGCGAGGCAAAGACAGAACCUUUCACUGUCAAAGACCACAGGGGCGAAUUAUACAAGAAGCAUUAUCCGCCUGCUUUGAAUGAUGAGGUGUGGAGAUUGGAGAAGAUCGGUAAGGAUGGGGCAUUCCAUAAGAAGCUAAAUGCUGCUAAAAUAAUCACGGUAGAAGACUUUCUUAGAUGCUUGGUCAGGGACUCUGCGAAAUUACGGAGUAUUCUUGGAAGCGGGAUGUCAAACAAGAUGUGGGAUGCUCUAGUCGAGCAUGCUAAGACGUGUGUCCUCAGUGGAAAGCUUUAUAUAUACUACUCGGAGGAUUCGAGGAAUAUCGGUGUUGUUUUCAAUUACAUCUAUGAAUUAAGCGGCCUUAUUUCUGGGGAUCAAUACUUUUCGACUGAUUCACUAUCUGAUAGCCAAAAGGUAUAUGUUGAUGGGCUGAUGAAGAAAGCAUAUGAAAAUUGGAACCAAGUCAUUGAGUAUGAUGGCAAAUCUCUUAUGAAUUUCAAGCAGCCUAAGAACUCUGUAAUCUCUCAAACAGAUCUCGAAGUGGCUCCUGCAAAUUAUUCUACUGCAAUUGACAACCCAAUGCAGCUCCUGGGGCUUCCAUCCUCAUUGUCGGCUAAUCAAUCUUCAGUUCAUUCAGAAAUAGCAAUCAAAGGGUUUCAUCAAAGUCCGCCCUCUACGUACUCAACCCAGCACCAGCUUCUCAACUCCAAUCCGCAGGCACAGUUUGAGGCCGGUCUGUGUACACCACAGCAGGACCAGUUCAUGGGCAAUCUACACCAAACACAAAGCACUAAUGCCGGCAGGCUGGCUCUUGGCCCUCCGGGCGGGUACCAAUACCAAAACUCGAGCUCUUCUGCUCAGCCAGCAAGUCUUCCCACGUACGAAAACUGGUCAAACCACCGGGAGAAAGGGCCCGAAGAAUUCUUCUCGGAGGAAGAGAUAAGGUUGAGAAGCAAUGAGAUGCUAGAGAAUGAGGACAUGCAACAGUUGCUACGGCUGUUCAGCAUGGGAGGAGGAGGGCAUGCGGGAGAAGAUGGGUAUGGUUUCCCGUCAUUCAUGCAGACGCCACAGAUGAUGCAGAGCUAUGAGGAGGAGGAACGUGGAAGAUCGGGCAAAGCUGUGGUCGGAUGGCUUAAGAUAAAAGCUGCUAUGAGAUGGGGUUUCUUCAUCAGGAGGAAGGCUGCCGAGAGGCGAGCUCAGAUCGUCGAGCUUGAUGAAGAUGAAGACGACGAAGAAUAAUCGAAAAAGUUGCAAGUCGGGUUUCUCUCAAUCCAUCAAACAGAAGACCAUGGCAGAAUCUAGCGCAGGAUGCGGCCAUGGCAGCUGGUCUCUGCAUUCUUCAUAGCUCAGAUCACGUCUCAUGUAUCUAUGUAUGGUUCUCGUAUAUAUGUAUGUAUAUAUAUACAUAUAUAUUCCGGCAGGUCUAAUUGGUGUGGAUCGAUGACUCUGGGAUUGGGUCCUGUUUUUUUGUUGACUCAGUAGGCCGAAACCAUCCCUUACAGAUGUAUGCCUUCAAGCAGCAACAGCGGUUAGGUAAUACGACUCGGAACGAGCUAACUCGGUGUUUUUAUACUUAUCAUGUUCUGUCAUUAUGUUACUUGUUUCGCUUUCAUUUAUUUAUUUUAUAUGUUAUAACUAUUUUUUUUUUCAAUGUAUCGAACGUGGUGUGAAGUUAAUUUGACAUUUGGUUGUU